AUGAUCACAAACGGAAACUACAUAAUAGCAUGGGACACCAUCACCAAGCGGUACUCGAAUGAAUAUUUGCUGAAGAAGCGCCAUCUUCAGGCAUUGAUGGAAUUCCCAAGGAUCGAGAAGGAGUCGGCUGGGCGAAUACAUGGACUGGUGGACGAGUUCGAUCAACGGCUGAAGAUUUUGAAGCAGCUGGGCGAAAAGACGGAGCACUGGGGAUCGAUGAUCAUCCAUUGGAUGUGUUCAAAGCUGGAUGCGCAUACUCUGCAGCUAUGGGAGGAUCACGCUGCAUCGUUACGGGAACCUACGUUCGCGGUAUUGGUGGACUUUCUGGAGAAAAGAACGAGGGUUUUGGAAGCUGUGUUAUCCAACACCAUCAAUCACGGCUCUGCUCAUCCCAAGGCGGCGGCUAAACGAGAGCGCGUGACUGUACACACGUCUACGGAGGGCGGAAAAAGUGAUCCAACCUGCCAAUGUUGUGGUGAAUUGCAUUAUUUGGUACGGUGCGCAAAAUUCCAGGGUUUUGGACUAAAAGAAAAGUUGGACUUUGUCAACGGAAAACGGCUAUGCAGCAACUGCUUCAAAACGGGUCACUGGGUUCGUGACUGCUCGUCAAGGUUUAGCUGCAAGACAUGUGGGAAGAAGCACAACACUUUGAUACAUCCGGGGUUUCAACCUGGUAAUGGAGGAGGCAGCAAUGGCAAAAGCGACGCAGCUAGGACUCACGUUGCAGCAGAAACAGCGGAAGAAGAACAAAUCGAAGCAGCCGAAGGAGUCGCAGUCGGAUCAUAUAGCGUUGGAACGAAAAAGGAAAUUUUGAGUUCCAAGGUGUUCCUUUCAACAGUGGUCGUGGCGAUACGGGAUCAAAAUGGUGGUACACAGCUAACCCGAGCGUUGCUGGAUAAUGGAUCGCAGGUCAAUGUGAUGAGCAAACGACUUUGCCAAAUGCUGAAGCUUAAACGUCGAGCAAUAUGCGUUCCCAUAACAGGAGUUGGACAAUCGGAAUCGACGGCAAGACAUGCAGGGAAUACAACGGUUAAGUCCAGAGUCACCGAGUUCUCUAUUGAAUUGGAUUUCCUGGUUUUGCAGCGAGUGACAUCUGAACUUCCUUUGGUUACGAUUCCUAUCAAGCAUUGGAAUAUUCCUCAUGACCUGCAGAUGGCGGAUCCACAAUUCAACAUAAGCGGCCGCAUUGAUUUGCUACUAGGAGCGGAACAUUUCUUCAGUUUCCUGCGCGAUAGAGAGGUGAAAAGAAUGGUGUUGGGUCCAAAGCUGCCAAUACUCGUGGAUUCGGUAUUCGGGUGGAUUGUAUCCGGACGUGAUGAAAGUCUACAGCAGAAACAGUCAGUUCGAUGUUGCACGGCAGUCACCCCAAUCGAGAGAAUCGAAGAUCUAUUGGAGAAGUUCUGGAGAGUAGAAAGCUGCGACGAUCGACCUGCAUGGUCAAAGGAGGAACAAGACAGCGAGGAGCAUUUCAAGAGUACGCAUUCCAGAGCAGCAGAUGGCCGGUAUAUCGUGCAGCUGCCGAAACAAAAUAGCUGGGACCGGAUGUUGGGAGAAUCACGAGCAACGGCGUUGGACAGGUACAAGAAAUUGGAGAAUCGGUUGGAACGGCACCCGGAUAUGAAGGAACCAUACCACGCUUUCAUGAAGGAGUACGUGGACAUGCGGCACAUGCGAAGGCUAACGACAACGGAACUGCAGGCAGAGGCCAACGGAGUAGGUCAACGGAAGGUGUUUUAUUUGCCGCACCACGCGGUGAUAAAAGAAUCAAGCACAACUACAAAAGUGCGCGUCGUAUUUGACGCAUCGGCACGUACAGACAGCGGAUACUCCCUCAACGAUGUUCUUCUGAAGGGACCUGUAAUUCAGGAUAAUCUGCUAAAUCUCCUAAUACGCUUCCGCAAGCAUGAAGUGGCGCUUGUGGGAGAUGUGGAAAAAAUGUAUCGGCAGGUACUUCAGGACGCUAAUGACACUCUUCGUCUACGGAUAUUUUUUCGCUUCACGAAGGAUGAUCCCAUAGAUGUUUACGAGUUGCUGACCGUAACGUAUGGGCUUACACCGUCAUCUUUUCUGGCAACCCGGGCACUACAACAGCUGGCUGAAGAUGAAGGAGUUGAAGGUACUAAAGCUCGCCUAGCGCUACAAAAGGAUUUUUACGUCGACGACUAUAUUGGAGGAUCCGCAAAUGUCGUCGAAACCAUCGAGCUUAGAAAAAAAUUGACAUCGUUGAUGGCCAAAGGAGGAUUUCCAAUCCGGAAAUGGUGCUCGAAUCAGCCUGAAGUCCUAUCCGGUAUUCCUGAGGACCAGUUGGCCAUACCCACUAACCGCUUAGCCCACUAUCAGCAACGGCAGCAGAUGUUCCAACGAUACUGGCAGCGUUGGAGUCAAGAGUACAUCACUGGACUUCAGGAAGCAAGUAAGAACCGUCUACCAAGCACCAUCCGUGUAGGCAGCAUCGUGAUUCUUCGGGAGGACAACUUACCACCACUUCAAUGGCCCCUAGCGAGGAUAACCGAGGUUCACCCCGGCGCAGACGGAGUUAUACGAGUGGUGACGAUCAAGACGUCUAAAGGAACCUACAGGCGUCCAGCAAACCGCAUCUGCCCGUUACCCACCGAGGAUUCUGCCGAUAUUAAUUGA